AUUCUGCACCACUGAAACAAGAUAACCCGGAAAAAAAAAGUGAUCGUCUUUUCAAACGAUCCGAAAAGGAACUCAAAAGUUUCAUUCUUUGGUCACUAUGAACAUCACAACUCUCUCCUUCCACCCAUCCUUCAUCUCAACUCCUCAAAUACACAACACGUUAACCAGAAAUGGAAAUACGAUAACAUUGAGCAGCAGCAGUAGAAGAAGGAGAAGAAGGGUUUGCAAGAUCAGAGGAUCCACCGGAGAAGAAGAAGAACCCAAAAGAAGAAGCUUCUUGAGCAUAGAAGAGGCUGGUCUCGUCGAGAUCUCCGGACUCGGUGCCCACGAGAAGUUCCUCUGUCGCCUAACUAUAUCGUCGUUGAAUCUACUUAGAGUGAUAGGGGAGCAAGAGGGAUGCAGAAUGGAGGAGCUAAACGCGGGGAAGAUAUGCGAUUGGUUCCUCAAGGACAAGCUAAAGAGGGAACAAGACUUUGAUUCUGCUGUUCUUCAGUGGGAUGAUCCUGAUUUCCCUUUUUGACAAAAAACACCAACAAAAGAGAUAUUUUUCCUAAUUUCUUUAUUCUAAUACAAUUUAAAUUAUGCAUUUAUUGUUCAUAUAUUGAUGAUUGAUUCCAAUUUUGAUUUUUCGUGA